ACAGAGUUGUAAAGGCUCUUUUAAUCAGUGUGCUGGUCCCUUUAUUGUCCCAAAUGAGUCAGUGUCAAGAAAAAUAGACAUUUUAAGGAAGUAGUUUUGGCAGAAACAGGAAACCCAACGCAGCAGUUUAUGUACCAAGACAAACUGAAACACUGAAUAGAUAUGUGAAACAACCUCAACGAAGAAGACUAGAAAUAUCUCUAAAGAUCACAACAUGGAAGCUCAACAAGUUUGGCAUCUUUCUUUCGUGUCGACCUGGAUAUUUGUCUUUUUCUUCCUUUCUGUAUGCUCAGGAAUGAACACACUAAAACUCAGCCUGGAAAGCACAGUCUUUGUGGCCUUCGCAAGCGAAAAGAUUACCAUUACCUAUGAGUUGGCGAUACCAGCAAACCAAACCAGAGACAGCUUGACGUGCUCCGAUCCUCUCCAAAAUGUGAUUUAUAGUGCUCACAUCUCUGAGACGAACGGCCGGACACCGAUAUUGGAGCUGAAAAACCUGAACAUGUCAGGAGAAUACAGUUGCCAAUAUCAAACAGCCAAGGUGUACUGGUUUCUUCGAGUGAGAGGUGAUGGCUACAGGGAUCUCGUAAUGUUGGAUUACACAGAAUUCAUCAUAGUCGCUGUCUUCACUGGUGUGCUGCUGGUUUUCAGUGUGGUUGGCUCAGUGUGUGUCUUCAGAGGACAUGGGAAACAAUGUCCAACUGAACGCAGCAACACCGAUAGAAAACGAAAGCAGAACAGAGAAGAAAUGGAGACAGAGAUGGAGGAAGACAACAUGGAUGUAAUAACAGCUCCAUCUACGUCUUUUUAUGCUAGUCUAGAGACUCGACCCAGGUCCAUUUAUGAUGUGCUGGAUCACUCAGCUGCCAACAUAGAGCCAGACCGAAGCAAAGCUAAACCAAAGAAAAGGGAACCCAAAGAAACGAUGGCACAACCCACACAAGACCAGCAUGAAGGCGUAUUUGAGUCUGUCUAUGAAAAUUUUUGAAUCAGAAAUAAACUUGUUUCACCAGA